GUUUCAAAAUGACGUCGGCCGCUGCUGCGAAGGUCGUGCUGCAGUCCAAGGACUUAGUCCAGCAGGUGACGAUGUAUCAACCUGGAUGCCCCAAGCACAUGCGCUGCUUCCGGGCGCUACGUCGGCCCUCGUUGACAUGGCAAGACGACGUGCACGCAGCGUUUGCCAUGAUCGCCACAGUGUUGUCGUCGUGGUUGAAGGAGUAUGGCAUCGACCGUCUUCCGUCUUUGUAUGCGUGCAUGGGUCACAUGCGAGGUGUCGUUCUUGUGCAUGCUGUCUACUCUGGUCGGUUCGAUCUCAUCCACGUGGUAUCCCUUCGGGAGUACGACGACGACCCGCCCCUCCUGGACAUUGCCACGGCCGGCGGACACGUCGCCAUGUUGACGCAUCUGCUGCAACAUGCGUCCAACACCGUUGCAACGCCAUUCGCGAUGGAUGUGGCUGCCUCCAUGGGUCGGGUCGACAUCGUCGAGUUCCUCCUUACUCAUCGUCCACAGGAUGCUAGUCUUCAUGAAUCCGCGAUCUCUAUUUCUAUCGUCUACGGCCACAUGUCAAUCCUGCAAUUCUUCCACGAUCGUCAAGUCGAUGGGGUAUUCACGCCCGACAUGAUGGAUCUAGCCGCAACAUAUGGACACGUGCAUGUGCUUGAGUUCCUGCAUCGCCAUCGGCCUGGCCUUCGGAUGAGUAUGCGGGCGAUGGAGUCCGCCGCCGCGGGAGGACACUUUGCGGCCGUCCGCUUCUUGCAUCAUCAUUAUGAUGAUCAUCAUCUUCCAUGCGGCCCCAACGUGAUGGACGCGGCGGCCAUUGGAGGACAUUUGGACAUUGUGAGAUUUCUCCACCUCAACCGCUCCGAAGGAUGUACGCGAUUGGCUAUGAACGCGGCUGCUACACGAGGAGAUCUCAAUAUGGUGACGUGGCUGCACGUGCAUCGACCAGAAGGAGGCACCACGAGCGCCAUGGACGGCGCGGCCACCUGUGGACAUUUGAAAGUGGUGAAAUUCCUACACACCCACCGAAGCGAAGGAUGCACGUCGGCGGCGUUCUGGGGCGCGGUUAUGCACAACCAUGUGGAAGUCGUCGAGUGGCUGCUAACACACAAGCGACAGUGGUGUGACCCAGUAGACGUAGUAGUCGCCCUGCAAAGGUGGCCGUUAACCAAGGGCUGGCUAGUUAAGCGCUCAGUAGUUAACUAGGUACAAUUUGCAGAGGUCGAGUAAUGGUUCAACUUCGUUGGGACGAUUCAUUAACUAUUAAU